UUGAAAACUAUGUCUUUUUUUGAAUGUCCAAGCGAAGUCAUGAAUCAAAAGGAACAUCAAUCAUCAAGCAGUGGCUCGAAGUGAAAAAGCGAAAGACAGUCAGUUCCAGUAAAGAAACAAAAAAUGUCGAAAACACCGUCGUCACCAACGCACGAAAUAAUUUCCGAGGAAAUAGUCCAGGACGAGGUAACGAUAAUGAAACAGAAAUUAAUGAAAGUCAAAUUAGUGGAUUUGAAAAUGUGGGUAAUGGAGAAUAUGGACCAGAACCUGAACGAGGAGGAAGCCCUUUUGGAUUUCUGCGAGAUUUUAUUUCCGGCGCAGGACAAUCAGUACUCUCUCCUAGUCACGCUGUUGAUUAUUUCAAUUUUGUGCCCGUUGAAAGUUAUGGAGAUUGUGAUGAACCCCAAGCUGUGGAUGGAGAAGAAAAUUCAACAGAUAUGGGAAACGAAUAUGAUUAUGGCACCAACGACUAUGACGACACUGUAUCUACAUAUGAGGAAGUCUAUGAUGACGUCAUUGAAAGGCUUGGACGUUCAAUGGCUUCAAAAUUUGUCUCUGGAAUCCACAGAUAUGUCUCUCGUGUUAUUGUGCCGAGUGGAAUUGAUGGAGUUGAAAAAUGUUUGCGAGAGUUGGAACAACUUAUUGAUAAAUACCCACCAAGACACUUCUAUAUUAUCGCCGGCCACGGAGACCACGUCCACAUAUCACACAUUUGUGGGUACAGCGGACAAACUUGUCGGUGCCCCUUCAUCCUUCGAGGCUCAUUUUGGAGCAAAGACGGAAGACGUGGACUUCGUCGGGUUACUCGAGCAAUCGACAUGCAGCCAGGAGAUUACGCAAACAUAUUGCGAUACCUAUCUACGGGCGGCCGACGCGUCCAUAUCGUUGGAGGGUUCAGAGAAGAUGUCCGAUUAUUUGAUAGAUAUCAAUAUUUAUCAGUUAGUAUUGUGGAAUUAUAUUAUUAAACUACGUAAUAAUUUUAUAAAUAGAAAAAAAAUAUUAUAUAAUAAAAUUGUGGUUUUAA